AUGUCCAACGACCCCUCCACUUCCUCCAUCCUAGAAGAUGAUCAAGAUACCAUCAAUUCCACCACCACCUCCACCAUCACCCCAACCCCAACAACUACCACUUCAGCCUCAGCCUCAGCUUCAUCACAUAACUCAUCCCUCUCCAAAUGCCAAUCAGCAAUCCAAUCCCUCUCAACCAUUCUCCCCUCUCUCCCUCCUUCCCUCUCCUCCUCCUCCAACCCCGCUCACUCCCUCCUCCAUGACCACCAUACAGCCUCCCACAUCUCCUCCCUUCUCCGCCAACCCGACUCCGGCGCAGGCGACAACAACCUCUGCCGCUGGCUCUACGACACCUUCCAAUCCUCUGAUCCCGACCUCCAACUCCUCGUCCUUCGCUUCCUUCCCAUCAUCGCGGGCAUCUACAUAUCCCGUGCCGCCCUCCGGGUACCCGUAGCCGGAUUUGAGGCCGUCCUUUUAGCCCUCUACGCCCACGAAACCGCAACACGUUCUGGCCACUCCAUAACCGUCAGUGUCCCCGACUUGUCUCAUCCCAGUCUCUACCACGAAACCAUAGCACCCGCUAAAAACAACUCCACAGGCCUAAACUUGGCUGUCAUAUCUCCAAGUUUGGAACCCUACGGUACAGUGAGGUCCACAAGGAGGGCUAGGAUUGUUGGGGUUGCACUGGAGUUGUACUACAGCAAGAUACAUGAAAUGCCGGUGCAGUCAAAGAUUGAAUUUUGCGAGUUUUGUAGGGUUUGGGCUGGCCAAGACGGAGAAAUGUACAAGGAGAUGACUGGUAGUAGCUGUAGCAGUAGGAGUGAACGCAAAGAAGAGGAUGGAAAUGGAGAAAAGGUGGGGAGCAUUCCUUUGCCAUGGGAAUUGAUGCAACCGGUUUUCAGGAUUUUGGGUCACUGCCUUUUGUGUCCAAAUCAAAACAAGGAGUUAGUUGAUAAGGGCAGUGAGGCUUGUAGGAGUUUGUAUGCCAGGUCUAUGCAUGAUAUCAAUCCCAAAGCUAUUUUGGCCACUGGGAGUCUUCUUAGGCUCACUAAGCAAGCAUUGGACUCUAACGAUGAUUUUGAUCCAACUGAGAUUCCUAAAUCUCGAAUUAUUAGUAUCUAG